AUGCAGUCUCGUUAUAUUCAAUUUUAUGACUCUCGCCAUUUCCAAGAAUAUUGCUUGUGUUUUAAAAUAGUGUGCACAAUCUGAAGGUUUUGUACGGUGUAUUAAGAUAAAGCUUAUCUGUUAAAUCAUCCUACUUGAAAUAAAUACUUAUUUUCCGUUUGUUAGUGUCUAUCCUUCGGCGGAAAUAAUUAAUAAACCGAGGACAUUAUAACGAAAAUCGCAUAAGUAUAUAAGUAUAAAUAUAUAUUAUAUUAAGUGUAAGUUGUUGUUUUUUUAUAGUGAAAGUGUGAACCUUAAGGGGAACUAUUAAGCGAGUUAUACGUUGAAUGGAUUGGUGUGGAUAUUUUUUUUUAAAGUUUUAAACGAUGUUGCAAUACAAACCGCAUUAUAGUAUUUUUGGAUGAUAUUUUAUCAAUUAUGCUCACGUUUAUGCAAUCGGAGCAAGAUUUUAAUCAAUGAAAAACACGUUUCCUUUGGUGGUGGAUUAUUUUGAAAUAACCGAUCAAUAUAACAAAGUGCAACCACAUUGUAAGUUAUUUUGGGAUGUAACUACACUAUUGUAAACAUAUACUUUUAAGUUAGUGAGAAAUCCGGAAAAAACUUAAAGACAGUUAUAAAGAGAUUGUAAUACCGUAAUACCUCAUAAAUGUAUGAUUCUAUUGAACUAUUAAUGGCGACUUUAAGAGAUCUUCAAAUCGCUCUAGCAGGAAAGAUGGAGGAAGUUAGACAAAGGGAUGAGUUGAUUGACGAAUUAGAAAAGGAACUAGAUGAAAAGGAUGAACUUAUUCAGUCGUUACGUAAUGAACUAGAAAAAUACAAAUCCGCUGUUAAAGUUUCUAUAACGGCAGCGGUUCAGUCUAGAGCAAAUGAAAGACAGAAACGUCAGGCAAUAUCAGCCGAAUCUUGUAAAACUAGAGUAACUGAUUAUCAUAAAUUGAAGCGCCACAAAAAACCGCUCCGUUCCAAAGAACUAAUCAAACGAGCCAUACUAGACAAUGAUUUUAUGAAGAAUCUCGAAUUGAGUCAAAUCCACGACAUAGUAGAAUGUAUGCAUCCAGUGGAGUUUUCCAAGAACAGCUUGAUAAUCAAGGAAGGAGAUGUCGGGUCUUUAGUCUAUGUCAUGGAAGAGGGCAAAGUUGAAGUAACAAAAGGGAAUUCCAAAUUAUGUACGAUGGGUCCAGAGAAAGUAUUUGGGGAACUUGCAAUAUUAUACAACUGUACUAGGACUGCCAGUGUUAAAGCAUUGAUGGCGUGUAAAUUAUGGGCAAUUGAUCGGCCAUCUUUUCAAAGUAUUAUGAUGAGAUCAGGUCUUCUGAGACAGAUCGAGCAUAAAGAAUUCUUAAAAAGUGUUCCCUCGUUUAAAAACCUACCUGAAGAGACGAUUAGUAAAAUAGCGGAUGUGUUAGAGGAGACACAUUACAACAAUGGGGAGUGUAUUAUCCGACAGGGGGCGAGAGGGGACACAUUUUAUAUUAUUUCUAAGGGAAAGGUUAAAGUAACCAAAAGAACUUCAAAAGGUUCAGAGGACCAAUCUUUACGUUAUCUCCAACGAGGAGAAUUCUUCGGUGAAAGAGCCUUACAAGGGGAAGAUAUAAGAACAGCUAAUAUUAUAGCAGAUGAUCCAGAUGGAGUUGACUGCCUAGUUUUAGACAGAGAGUCGUACACUCAGCUUAUUAGCAACUUGGACGACUUACAACGAAACUACGAGGAAGAUGAAAUUGUAAACAAUGUCGCGGCAGAAUUUGCUAAACUCAAACUUGGAGAUCUCAGCAUAGUUACCACUCUCGGGGUCGGUGGUUUUGGUCGAGUUGAAUUGGUACAAAUAAACAAUGACGACAGUCGAACGUUUGCUCUGAAAAUAAUGAGAAAACAUCAUAUAGUGGAAACACGACAGCAGGAACAUAUCAUGAACGAAAAGAAAAUUAUGUCUGAAUCAAGAUCAGAAUUUAUCGUGAGAUUGUUUCGGACAUUUAAAGAUAGAAAGUACCUCUAUAUGUUAAUGGAAGUGUGUUUAGGUGGAGAGCUGUGGACUGUCCUGAGAGAUAAGGGAUCAUUUGACGACACUACAACGAGGUUCUACACAGGUUGUGUUCUUGAAGCCUUCACAUACCUUCACAGUAAAGGUAUUGUGUACAGAGAUCUCAAGCCGGAAAACCUUCUCAUUGAUUCGCACGGGUAUUGCAAACUAGUUGACUUUGGUUUUGCAAAGAAAGUUGGUUUAGGGCGUAAAACUUGGACCUUUUGCGGUACACCCGAAUAUGUUGCCCCAGAAGUUAUCUUAAACAAAGGUCAUGAUAUUACGGCCGACUAUUGGUCUUUAGGAAUAUUAAUGUUCGAACUUCUUACUGGAAGUCCACCGUUCUCAGGGCAGGAUCCCAUGAAAACAUAUAACAUUAUACUCAAAGGCAUCGACACGAUAGAAUUCCCGAGAAAGAUAACGAAAAAUGCUACAAACCUUAUCAAAAAAUUAUGCAGGGACAUACCUACAGAGAGAUUGGGUUUCGGGCGAGGAGGAAUACGGGAGAUACAAAAGCAUAAAUGGUUCGAGGGAUUUAACUGGGAGGGAUUGAAGAAAAGAACGCUUACCGCCCCGUUACAGCCAAAGAUUAAAAGCACUGUUGAUACGUCCAACUUUGAUGAUUACCCCGAAGACGACGAAGCCCCUCCUCCAGAUGAUCUAACCGGAUGGGACAGGGACUUUUGAUAGGGUCUUUGGAGACAUUUUAAAGUUUGGUAUAGUAGUACUGGACUUUUUUCAGCUAUUGUUAUCUAACAAGCUGAUAGUUACAUGAACAAUCUGUAUAGUGGACUUGAAAAGUAUUAAACUAGAAUUCAGGGUGACACAAAAUCAAAGAAUAAACGUAACGAUGUUCUGAUCUGAUAUUGACUAUAUCUAGAGUAUAUCGGAUAUUAUUAUGAAGGCGGCAUGAGCUGUUAUAUUAAUUUGUAUACGAUAUUUUAAAAUGUUGUUGUUUAUCUAUUGAAAUAUUCCGUGAUAAAAAAGACAGAUAUACAAAGGACAUUUUGUGAUAUGAACGGUUAUUUUUUAUUCAUAAUGACAUAAUUUUGCCAGUGUGAGGAUACAUGAAUAUUAUAGUGGUUGACCCACGGACAAAGCUGUUUAUUAAUGAAUAUUGCUAAUGCAACUUGGUUGUGACUUAGAUUUUUCAUAUGCAUCUGUUAUAAACACGACUGACGACGGAGAAAAACGAUGUUGGAAAUUAGUUUGUAUAUUAUAACGAUAGGAGAAUCGUGUGUACAUAUAUAAAAAAAACUAGUUAGCAAAGUUUGUAUUUGUAAUGCAUAUAUACAUUUCUGUGGUAAUUCGUCUUUCUUGGUUUUCAUUAUUUCAAAAUUAACCUUUAACGAAAUGGCACCUGUUUAAAUAUACUUUUUGUCAACAACUAUUAUUUGGACUUAUUUAUACCAAGUAUUUGAAAUUCGGUGCCUUUGCAUACUUGCCAAAGUAUAUUAAACAUGUAUUAUUUUUAUUAUAUUGUUUUUCUUUAUAACUGUUACAGUAAUUAACAUUCUGUUUUCAAUAUAUUUUAGACACGGUUAGUGCCGGUCGUUUGUGUAUAAGCUAGAAUUAGCAGAAGUUUUACUUGUCAUAACAAAAUAAAGAAUAAAUACCUA